GAGAACCAGCUCUUUUUGUUACUUGCCGUCGAAGAAACGAAGGUCGUGAGUUGAAGAGAUGGGAGGAGAUCGGAAGAUCGGUGUGGCGCUGGACUUCUCGAAGGGCAGCAAGAGGGCGCUGGGGUGGGCCAUCGACAACCUGCUCGACCACGGCGACACCCUCAUCGUCCUCCAUGUCUUGCAUCCCAAGGUCGACGAGGCCAGGCACGCCCUCUGGUCCCAAUCCGGUUCCCCUCUGAUUCCCCUGACGGAGUUGAGGCAACCGGAGGUCAUGAAGAACUACGAUCUGGAAGUCGACAUCGAGGUCCUCGACAUGCUCGACACUGCUUCCCGACAGAAGCAGGCAACGAUCGUGGGGAAAUUUUACUGGGGAGAUGCAAGGGAGAAGCUGUGCCAAGCCGAGGAAGAUCUCAAGCUGGACUCGCUGGUCAUGGGCAGUAGAGGACAUAGCCGGCUCCUGAGGAUUUUGUUGGGCAGUGUGACGAGCUAUGUAUUAUCAAAUGUAUCAUGCCCUGUGACCAUUGUCAAGGAUCCAGACUUCAAACCUUGACAGACUUCCUGGCAAGAUAAAAUCAAGUGCCAAAAAUUUCAUGGUGUGAAGAUUGCCUGUGAUGGGAGAGAGGAGUCUAGUGAUGGACCUGGAAAGAUUGCCUGUGAUGGGAGAGAGGAGUCUAGUGAUGGACUUGGAAUAAUUUGAAAGUAGUUCAAUAACUUGCAGAUGUUGAAGCAAGUUGCUCCUUUUAUCUAUGAUACACUUUGAACUCUGUGUGAUAAUUGUCAGAAUAAAUUGUGAGUGAUGUUUAGAUGAUGUGCAUAUUUUAGUUGUUUGGCAUGUCAUCUCUCAUCUUUUCUUUUUAAAUUACUUUCAGUUUGCACUAUAUAUCUGAUCUGGAAUAAUUUGUGUUGUUGUAUAUGCGUAAUUUGGAAGAAAGUGCCAUAUAUCA